AUGUCUUCCAAGGGAAAGAAGCCUGCCGGCAAGUCGGCCAUCGACCAGGUCGUCGCUCGCGAGUACACCAUCCACAUGCACAAGAGGAUGCACGGUGUCACCUUCAAGAAGCGAGCUCCCCGUGCCAUCAAGGAGAUCAAGGACUUUGCCCAGAAGGCCAUGCAAACCUCUGAUGUCCGCAUCGACCCCCAGCUCAACAAGAAGGUGUGGGAGCAGGGUAUCAAGGGUGUCCCCUACAGAAUCCGCGUCCGCAUCAGCCGCCGCAGAAACGACGAGGAGGAUGCCAAGGAGAAGCUGUACAGCUACGUUCAGGCCGUCAACGUCAAGAACCCCAAGGGCCUGGUGACGGUGGUUGUCGAGGAGUAA